UAGAUUGCAUUUUUAUGGCUGAUACGUAAAAGACUGACACCAGUAAGAGGCGUGAUGUGAAGGUUUGACAUCCAAAGAGGUGCAACUGCCAGAGACACAGCAGCAGACAGAAAGGAGGUGAACUCUGAUUCAAACAGAAGAUAAAGUCUGUUAUCAGGCUGCACUAUUGACUUUCUGCUGGCCUGUUGUCGGGGUGGGCAGAGUGCUUCCCUACCUUUAGCGAACUUGAAAAGAAAGGUGAGAGUCCAUAUAACUGAAAAUGUCAAACAGGGAAUCUUUUCAGCUAAUCCGCAACACUCCUGAGCCCUCACUAACAAGUCUAGUAAUCUCAAAGUUGCUAUCUUGUGCCAUCCCCAUUGCUCAGAUUGCAGUUGGGGCAGUAUACCUGGACGACUGCCCACUGCAGCCCUACAUCCCCAUCUAUUUGAUAGUGUGUGGAACCUUCACCUUGAUGCUGGGGUUGCUGUCCUGUCUGCCCUGUGCCAAGAAGCCAGAAGAUGGCACCACCAACCCACUUUACUCAGUCUGCUCAAUAUGGAACUUACUGGUGUCUUUAUUCCUCUUCGCCUGGUUUAUCGCUGGUAAUGUGUGGAUCUACUCUAUUUACGAGCCCAACUACAACAAGAACAGCACCAGUGUGGCUCCUUACUGUGACAAGACGCUCUACUUGUUUGCCUUCUGGACAACCACAGUGGGCUACAUCAUAAUAGGUUCAUUUCUGUUCCUGUGUUGCUGCUGUCUCCUGUGUUGCAGAGCCUGCUUGCCAACUGAAACUGCAAAUGUGUAGGGACAAGGUCCAAAACACACAGCUGUUGCUGCACGAGUGACAUUUGGAAACAUGCUCUUAAAGAAAUGGGGAAAAACAGCUGCUGCAUAGCCUUCUGUAGAUAAAUGCUUAACUGUGGAAUGUUGUAAAUUAGAUUUCUGUCUUAUCUAUGACUUAUCUGUGAGCAUUUUGCACCUUUUUGUUUGUAGGUCUUCUGAGGGAUCCAACAAUUUUUCAGUUGCCUUUUUAGUGUCCAGUGUGUAACAUUUGAUCACAAAGAUAAACUGUAAGAAUUUCUUUUCUUUGAGAUAUAGAAAUAUUUAGACUACACCUUAUGUCUCCUGAAUCUGGAGACUUAAAAUAGAAGAGCUGUUGUAUUAUGUAAUAAGUACAUGUAAUAAAAAGGGACAGAACUGAUCUGGGGUUGUUCAGGUUCAGCAACGUUAUGUUCCCAAAGAAGGUCAGCUGACUACCUGAAUAUACUGAAUGACCUCAUGUUCUCAAAGCUAAAGGCAAUCCAGCAAAAUAUUAGUGUGCAACUUUUUUUUUUUUUUUUUUUUUGGAUGGGCAGCGUAUAUAAACAGUCUUAACAAACACUCUCUCCUGAAACUUCCACAAACACAGAAUGAGAGUGGAUCUCUGCAGAGCAACAGAGCAUAGUGGCCUCUGAUUGGCUAGUAGCUUAACUGUCUACUAAGCCUUCCUGGUUCCUGUCCUCCUUCAUCACACAAUCAGUUUGAUGUGCUUUCUGUCUUUAAAAAAUGCAACGUAUCGCUACAUGUCAGACUAAUUAAAUGUUUUCAGUUA